UAAGCUUAAUAAAGCCGUUUUUGUGGCAUGAAAAAUCGGUGUGGAAGUAAUAACAUACAAACAAAGAAACAACGUUGUAAGAAAAAUCAUGCGAGCCGCUACUUUCAUUUCAAUGUUGUUGUCUCUUUUCUUUCUCUCUGAGUCUAAUCUAUGCGUGCGCGUCAUUCCCGUUGCUAGUUAACCCUUUUGGUUCUCGUAGAUUCUUCUUUUUGCCAUAUUGGCCACCAUGAACGAUCAACGAGAACCACAACCUUCCUCCAGCAAUGGCGUCCAGAAGUUAGAUAGAAGACAAUUGAAACUAAAAGAGGGUCCUUCUCUAAGAGGCAGAAGACCACGACCUGGCUUUUCUGAUUCAUUUUCAAACAUUGACUUGGAAGCUUUAGAGAUUGAAGAGGGAGGGUUACCCGAGUCCUCUCCAAGAAGUCAAGAAUCCGAAACGAGUUCCAGGGCCAGCACUUCUGAUUCUGAAAGCAAUACUCACCAGUGGCGCGGUUUCUUUAAAAUACUAAAGAAAGGAUCCCAAAUGCCUUUCCAAACCUUUCAUCCUCUCAAAAAUGUUCCGAAGCUGACUAGAAGAAAGAGCAAAAGAAUCAGGGAGGACUUGAUUCCAUCUCUGAAUUCACCAGCUCUUCAGUCAUCUUUUGACUCUGAUAUGUACUGCUUCAAAUCUUCCUGGAAAAAUUUCACUCUCGCAGAGAUCCAGGCUGCAACCAAUGACUUUAGCCAUGAUAAUUUAAUUGGGGAGGGAGGCUAUGCUGAGGUUUACUUAGGAAAAUUGGAAGAUGGAAACUUUGUUGCAAUCAAACGGCUUACAAGAGGGUGCCAAGAAGAAAUGACUGCAGAUUUCUUGUCUGAGCUUGGCAUUAUAGUGCAUGUGGACCACCCCAACAUUGCUAGAUUGAUUGGAUAUGGUGUUGAAGGGGGAAUGUUUCUUGUUCUUCAGUUAUCUCCACAUGGAAGCCUUUCAUCCAUACUUUAUGGACCAAGGGAGAAACUGAAUUGGAACAUCAGGUAUAAGAUUGCUUUGGGAACUGCUGAGGGCCUUCGCUAUCUGCAUGAGGAAUGUCAAAGGAGGAUUAUUCACAAAGAUAUCAAGGCUUCUAAUAUACUGCUCUCAGAGGAUUUUGAGCCUCAGAUAUCUGAUUUUGGCCUCGCAAAGUGGUUACCUGAUCAAUGGACUCACCACACUGUUUCCCAAGUGGAAGGGACAUUUGGAUAUCUUCCUCCUGAAUUCUUCAUGCAUGGCAUAGUAGAUGAAAAAACUGAUGUCUAUGCUUAUGGGGUGCUAUUGUUAGAGCUCAUUACUGGAAGACAAGCUUUGGAUAGCUCACAGAAAAGUCUGGUGAUGUGGGCAAAACCUUUGCUAUCUUCUAAUAACACCAAAGAGCUUGUAGAUCCAGUUAUGGUUGAUGCUUAUGAUGAAGAGCAGAUGAAACUAGUAAUCUUAACAGCUUCUCUGUGCAUAGACCAGUCUUCAAUUCUGCGACCGCACAUGAGCCAGGUGUUACAAAUACUAAAAGGUGAAGAAGACGGCUUGAAAUUGAUAAAAGAGCGGCAGAAGUCAAAACUUCAGAGGACAUACUCUGAAGAACUCUAUGAUGCAGAAGAGUACAACUCAACUAAGAUAUUGAGUGACAGGGAUCGACACAUGGAGACUAUUUUAGGCUCGAGUAACUCUAUCAAAGAAGAAGAAAGCAAUAAAAUAAUCACUUUGAGUUUGAGUGAGAGGGAGAGACACAUGGAGACUAUUUUAGGCUCCAGUUCCAUUAACUCUACCAAUGAAGAAAGCAAGGAGAGCACUUUGAGUGAGAGGGAGAGGCACAUGGAGACUAUUUUAGGUUCCAGUUCCAUUAACUCUACCAAAGAAGAAGAAAGCAAUGAAAGCACUUUGAGUGAGAGGGAGAAACACAUGGAGACUAUUUUAGGCUCCAGUUCCAGUAACUCCAUCAAAGAAGAAAGUAACUCCAUCAAAGAAGAUGAAAUUGAAAAGUAGAUUAUGGCUUGUGAUUCAGAUGUAUCAUUCAUGGAACUACAGAAGCUGAAAUAGAAAAGCAGUAAUUUAUUUGCAGCACAUGACUUGAUUCCACUUGUGGAUCCAGAGCAAUCCAUAACAUGGGUUGAAGAGCUUAACAAAGACCAAAGAGAAACUAAGAGGCAGAACCUUAUGUGUCUGUUCAAUGUUUAAUCAAAAUCGUGAUUGCAAUUAGGGUGUAAUUCGUGAGCCCCACUUAACCCUUCAGGAGGUUUGCUUAAUGGGGAUUACAGUUUUCCAUCUUUUCUUCCACACAGCUCCAGUGAUCAUGCUCAACUAAUCAUGCCAUUUUCAGCUAGUUGUUUGAUCUUUCUAUAUUAAUGUAACCACAAGUAGUUCUAUUCUAUCCAAAGGAAAUUUCUGAGAUUGUAUAAUUCAUGUAAAAUGAUUUAUAUCUAAUAUUCAGUUGUCUUUGUCUGUUUUAUUUAACAGAAAAAACACUUUCAAUUGCA